AUGAAACCCUCAAUUCCUAUUGCUGCAAAAAUAGGCAUUUCGUCCCAUACCAGAUCCAAAGUUGAGCACAAAAGCAAUGUCACGUGGUCAAAUCUUCAAGUAGAGAUUCCCGAUGAGAUCUUUUUGAGGUUACAGCGAAAUCCAUCUUGGUAUCGAGGUAUUGAUUAUGUUUCUAUUUCAUCAGCCCCAUCAUCCUCAUCAUCAACACCACCACCAUCCGUUGAAUUUCGUGGAGCUGUUCUGAUAUAUUACCCAUUUGAAUCUAAUAAUACAUGUUCUGUUUCUUUUUUGGGUUCAUGUAAUGGGUUAGUUUGCUUAAAGGUUUUUAGGACUGAUAAAGUUCAUUAUCAAAGGGGACUUCUGCAUACUAAUUAUUUUAGUAUUUUUAACCCACUCACUAGACAAUUUAGGGAAUUCCGAACGCCUCGAAAUGAUUACUGGUUUGCUUGUGGAUUUUGUUAUGAUAGCAACAUUGAUGAUUACAAACUCGUAGCAAUAUCGAAAAGUGAUGAUGUACCUGGUUGCUCCAAUGUUGAUGUUUAUAAAAUGAAGUUAGGUUCAUGGAGUAGUAUUCAGGGAACCAUCAGUUACGUAAUUCGCUACAAUAGUAGACGAUCUCGUGGUGUGUUUUUCAAUGAUCUCUUCAUUGGUUGGGAAGCAAAACCACAAAAAAAAACCUCCUUUGAAGUUAUUUGUUGUUUUGAUAUUAACAAUGAGGUUAUGGCGGAUAUUCCAUUACCUGAAAAAAUUAUGCCACCUCAAGAUUUUCCGGGAGAAGUUCAUAAGAAUAUGGGAGUGUGGGGAAACUGCAUUUAUGUAGCUUUUAUUUGGAAUCCAGUCAGAAUGGAUGUGUGGGUGAUGCAGGAAUAUGGAGUAAAGGAAUCUUGGAUUAACAUUUUUACCACAACCAAACUAUCAUGGCCCUUCCAACCAAGUCCAUUUUGGAAGCCGCUAGUGUGUUUUGACAAUGGGGUAAUUCUAACAGAUACUGAUGGAAAACAUUUACUAUUAUUUGAUCCAACAACUAAAAGAGUUAGAUCAGUGGCGGUCCUUGAUAUUGCAAUGGUGGUCUGUGGUCAUGAAUCGAGAGAGUUAUGUGGAGACCACAGUCUCACUCAACUCCGGUACUUAUCUGGAGAAACCGAUUAG